AGUAACGUAGUGAGCAAACUUUGUAUUUGUCUACAAUUUAGCCACCAGUAGGUUAAAAGUGUCAGACUAUAAAUAUAUUAUUCAAAUAAACGGUAAACUUCACAGGACUAAUAGAUACUAUUCUGUAAUUUAUCAAAAAAAAAAAAAUUCUCGUCGUCCAACCGGUCGAACUAGGUAGUCGGACCGAGAGUUUGGAUGUAUGGCCAUUGAAAACUAAAUUUCAAGUAUAGUUUAAAGUAAACAUUCAUUAACAUGACUAUUCAUUGAAAUUAAUGCAAAUUAACUGAAUUAAUAAUGAACAUUGUCGUAUGCGAAAUAUCGUUGAUAUGUUUUUUGUGGCAUUUUCUGUUGGGGUCCACUCAUGAGUCAGAUGUGACUUUUAGUUUUAUGGUCCAUCGUCACGGUGACAGGACGCCGUCACGUUACAGUGUGAAUUACAGCACAAGUCCAGAGGAAUUGGAAAAACUUAUUGAGCCGUAUGGUUAUGGACAACUAACUGAGAAAGGCAUGCAGAAAGCAUACCGUUUGGGUCAAUACAUCCAUUUCCAAUAUAAAAGUAUUUUAGCGCCGAAAUUUAAUGAAUCCGAAAUCUAUCUCCGGUCUACGGAUGUCUCCCGAACCAAGAUGACCAUGCUGGUCGCUUUGGCCGCCAUCUACCCUCCAGUCGUGAGGUGGAAGGAAGACCUCAAUUGGACACCAGUUCCCUAUACAACUGUACCUGUAAAAACAGAUUACAACAGACCAACGUCGUCCUGCCCUGAACUUGAACACAAAAUGAACAAUAUACUAUCGCGGAAAUGUUCAGAAAUGAAACCGUUUGAUGAUGUACUGGCUUUGUUAUCGGAAGAGAUUGGCGUGGGUUUCGAUCUAAGAGAAAAACCACUGUAUAUAAGCCAAAUAUAUAACACAUUUGAAGCCCAAGAGUCCUUGGGUUUGAAACUGACACCUAAAGUCCAACGGGCUCUCCCAAGGAUUAAGGAAGCAGCCGAUAAAGCGUUCAACAUUAUAUUCCGUCAGAAAGAUAUACUGAAAUAUUUUUGCGGUGUUCUACUAAGAGAAUUUCACGAAUUCGCAAAACUUGUGAUAUCUGGCAGUGAAACGGCAACAGUGAGAAUAUACUCGGCACACCACGAAAAUGUCUACGGUAUUUCGAAAAUAAGCAGGACAGAUAUAUCAGGCAUGCCUGUUUUCGCAUCUGUAUUCUCUUUGAAUCUGAAAAGGGCAAAGGACGAUUUUAUUGUAGAGCCAGUUUUCGCAUACGAUACGCCAGGUGGCGUAUUCUCAUUUGAACGUUUAGAUGUAAAAGAUUGCGGGGAACCCUGCUUCUAUGACAAAUUUGUCGAGCUCACGAAGAAACACACCUUGGAUUAUGAUUCGUGGAGAAAAAUGUGUGUUCGUUAAAAAAGUAUUUGAUUUGUUGUUUAUAUAUAUUGGCAGCCACGGAAUAGAAAAUAUAAUUUUUCUUAUGUACCGUCCGUGUGCGCCAUUUUGUAGAAUUAGCUGUUUAACAAAAUGGUGGUUAAUCAAAAUGUUUUCAAUAUUUUUUAAUUUGUUCCUUCGAUAUUGGGGAUAGACCUAAUGCCAGCUUCACACUGUCGCUGAAAUCAGACACACGCCGAUGCGAAUGCGCCAACAUCGCGCAGUUAGUAUGCCUACACUUUUAACAAGAUUGGUUAAAAGUGAGUUAUGUAUUUAUGAUUUUGAUAAAGAACAACUUGGUACCUACUUUUAAUGCAAAUAAAUUAUCAUUCAUUAUUUACUCUUCAGAUGAAAAACCAGCAAUGCAUAUCGAAUUCGCUAAAGUUUGGCAACUGUUCGACGACAGUGUGGAGCCGGCAUAAGGUUGGUUGGAAAAGAUCGCGUCUUGUAGAUCUAUUUUAUGUAGGGUAUUGUAGGGUAUUGUAUAAAAUAGACUAAUUCUUUGUUCCAACGUAGGGUAUUUCGUUAUUCACUUGGGUGGAUUGCACCCAGUCAACUAUGACGUUAACUUCGAUCCGCGCGCCGCCGUCGUCGUAGACAAAAUGGUAUACUUACUUUAUGAUUUUCUGCGCAGGUUAGAGUUAACGUUAACCGUUGCACUCCAUUCUCAAAUAAGUACAUUACAACUAUAGCUGUAAGCUUUUCAAGGAUAUAAUAAAAACUGAAGCUUGUGAAA